AUGCCGUCGACCUUUUUUUGGUCCAAAGCGACAUAUACAUGUGGCGAAGCAGCAUGCCUAGCCACGCUCGGCAAGCACGCAGAAGUGAAGAAGCGUAUGGAACGCGUCCAGGGGCUGAGGCAGAAAAUCGCGGGGAAGAGCAUUCCUAUCGAGAAAUUCGUCGCCCGCAAAGCCCGUAAAUAUCUAGCCCAAUCCGACACACUUCUCCUCCCAGCCCUAGAGCUAGCUUAUGUAUUCCAUGCGAUUGCGCAUGCGCCCAGGGAGGUUAUUGUGAGGGAGAUGAUUCCUGCUGUUGGUGAUGCUUUGAGAGAACCGGGGUUAGCGCUUUCAUCUGAGGCUUUUGAGCGCGCGUUCCGCGCUGUCUUCGAGCACGGACCUGACAUCGAGUUGGACCAUUAUAUCGUGUAUUACGCACAUUUCGAGUAUGGUAGGUUGCUAGCGCGAUCAGGCGACAAGGACGGUGCGAGGACGCAUUUUAAUCUUGUUUUGUCUGGAAAGCUGCUUGAGGUGAAUGCUGCGGGACGAAAGAACGCACUUCACGUGAGGACGAAUGCGGCGCUAGAAGCACUAGACCAGAACCGACUGUUGUGA